GGAAAUCUUAAGUUUCAUUCUUUUCUUUGUGCUGUAAGAACCCAUAAUCAAUUCACCGCUUGUACGUUGAGCGAGUUCAUAUUGCUGACGACUUGAUACCGGUAGCAAGAUCCUACUCGGGAGGUUCACAAUACGGCACUUGCAGAAUUUUCACUUUGCGAAAUUCGAACCACCAACAAACCUGACUAAAUACAGAUCAAACAGGAACGAUCUAGAUGGCGAAGGGCUGGUUCAGGACAAGCUUCCUCCCCGCACUCAAUUGAGGCACCUGCGUGUACUUUCCCUCGAGAAUCGUCCGCAUGUCCUGCAGCAGCUGUGUGUAGGUAAGCUCCCCCCGCUUCAGGUGGUACUUCUUCAGCGUGUGCACCAACGCGUAGGACAURGCCCCGCUGGCCUUGCCCUUGAUGACCGCGUCGGCGCUGGUCUGGUCGUCUUUGCAGCCGCUGAACAUGAUCACGUCGGCGCUGGUUUCGUUUUCCUCGGCGGCCCUCGCRCGGGCCGAGGAAUCGCCCCCACCUCUCCCACCGGCUUGGACCAGGUUGGUGAUCUCCCGCUUGAGGACGCUGCCGAUUGCUUUCUUGUUCCCGUCCAGCAAGAAACGCGUCCCCGCGGCCACAAGUGUCGCAACUGCCUGGUUCUUGUCGUUCUCGAUAAUAUCUAGGUUCCCGUUGACGUUGUAGACGUAUGGGAGGUCCAUGAUCGAUUCCGAGUGGCAGCAAUCGAAGAUUGCCGUCAGCCGGACCCCCUUGGGCAGYUUCCUGCACAGGACGUCGUGGACGUCGUCGUCGAUKAUGUUACCGGCGCUCUGAAAGUCCACCGGGAUCAGCGUCUGGUCGUACCCGGAGGCCUCCGUCCCRUCCAGGUUCUUGACCUUGCCCCCGUGGCCGGCAUAGUGCAGCAGGAGCGAAUCUCCCGGCUUGGCCCCCUUCACAAGCCAUCGAAAGGCCGAAAGAAUGUUCUUGCGCGUCGGCGUGAAGCAGGUCUCGGGUUCCGCGCGCUUGUCGUCCGUCAGGACCAUCACGUCGUCGAGCUCGUAGUGYUCCCGGAAGAAUUUYUUGAUGUUUUUCACGUCGUUGAUGCAGCCACUGAUCGUGGCAUUUGGACACAGAAUGGAACGGGUUGGGAUGGGUUGUUUUGCGUCGAAGCGAAGGGAAGCGAAUCCAUGGCAAUCACAGUGGGGUGAGAGUCACAGUCACUGGCAAUAGCGAUCAACAAAUGCACAGAGUCUAACUCGCUGCGGCAAGAAAAUAAUUUGAAUCGUUGUGCCAAAGGAGUCGAACAAUGGAUAUGGACAGAUGUACCAGGCACGAAGCCGCGAAAUCCCGUAGUACCUUCCACAUGCAUUCCUUGCGUUGCAUCGAGUCGCAUCGCAUCCAAAUGACUCCYGGGACAUGGAGACAAAUGAAUCAACCAGUUCAUGGACAAGUCAAAGUUGUCACAAUCUGGUACAAUCCAACCGUUYCAACGAAACRACAAACGUUCCGACGCAACAAACAACACAAAGCACUCACCGGAGCUCGCCCUUUUGGCCAAUGUAGUUGAUGCCGAUAAAAAGGGCCUUUCGGUUGCCGGAGAUUUUGUGCAGCUUCUCGGUCGUCUUUGCGCUCUGCGUCUGACCUCUUCCGCCCGGGUUUCGCUCGUUCAGCGCGUCCAAGGCGAGCUCCUCGACCUUGUCGGCCACCUGCGCGGCGAACUGCUUGCCAAGUUUUCCAAACAUUUUGUUGCUYGUGUCGGUGCCUGUCUUAUCUGUUGCCUUGCUUCCUUGCUGCGUUGUMUGUUCUCAAUGGACUGGAUGUCGUUCGUGUGCCUAUCGGAUCGUGUACGGUGGCAAUCCUUGGUCUAACUCUUUUGUGACCAACGGCUCAAUGCAACACGAGAACACAGAAUGAUGCGGGACGACUUCAGUCUGCCGCUGCGGAGAAAAAUACAGCAUGAUUACUUCG